AUGAGUGUUGCCCAGGGAGCCGAGCUCUUCCCGGGCUCCGGGGACCUCCCCGACAAGGCGAUGGCCGAGCUGAAGUCCCUGGGCAGCGACCCCUACCUGGCCCUGGCUCAGAGCUACGGCCAGUCCGCCUUCGCCUACGGGCCGGGGCGCGGCGCGGCGGAGAGCCCGCGGGGCUACGCGGGCAGCGGCGGGGCUUUCCACCCCACCCCGCUGGGCAAGUCGGCGGAGAGCAGCGGCGAGCAGAGCGGGGACGAGGAGGACGCCUUCGAGCCGGCCAAGGGGAGCCCGGCGUACGAGCGGGACGGCAAACUGCAGGGGAAGAAGCCCAAGGAGCAGCGCUCGCUGCGGCUCAGCAUCAACGCCCGGGAGCGCCGGCGGAUGCACGACCUGAACGACGCGCUGGACGGGCUGCGCUCGGUCAUCCCCUACGCCCACAGCCCCUCGGUGAGGAAACUCUCCAAAAUCGCCACCCUGCUGCUGGCCAAGAACUACAUCCUCAUGCAGGCGCAGGCUCUGGAGGAGAUGAGGCGGCUAGUGGCCUAUCUGAACCAAGGGCAGACCCUCAGCACCCCUCUCCCUGCCACACUCAACCCCUUCGGACAGUCAGCUGUGUACCCCUUCUCGGGCACCGCCCUGCCCAGCUGCCCUGAGAAAUGCACUGCCUUCCCUGGGACAGCCUCCACGCUCUGCAAACACUUUGGCAGUCUAAGCAAAAUAAAUGAUGAAGUCAAUGUAAGGUGUAAAGAAACAUCAUUUGGAUUAGACUGGUGGAAGUUAGAAGACCAGUUUAUCUGUUUUUAUGUGUCAAGGCAAAGAGAAUGAGAUGAGACAAAAGUUAUGUUUAAAACACUUCUGACAAAACUAAAGGCAAGAAGAACCAUUGCUGAAGCAAAAAUGACUAGGAAACACAAAAAUCAUUUUAAAUUCUGCAGACUGAAUCAGUGCCAGAGAUGA